AUGAACCCUCCCUGCUAUGUGACCCCCCAUCCCUCCAGCAUUCGUGGCCCCGAAAAGAUCUCGUUCGUGGUGAUCGGCGCUGGCCUCAUCGGUCCCCGCCACGCCGCACACGUCUUGGACCGUCCCGACUGCGAGUUGUUUGCCAUUGUAGACCAUUCCGCCAAAGGUCCUCUGGUGGCACAACAACUCAACACAAUGCUCUUCCAGAACUUGGACGACCUCUUUGCCCACUGCGACGCCAACCUCUUGAACUACCCAGCUGCCGCCAUCGUGGCCACCCCCAACCACACCCAUGUACGCAUGGGCAUGCAAUUGGCGGCUCGCGGCAUCCACAUGUUGAUGGAAAAGCCAUUGGCCCCGUCGCCCUCGGAGUGCAAGUCACUCAUCGCCUACUGUCACGCCAAAAACGUCACUCUUCUUGUGGGACACCACCGCCGCUUCAAUCCCUACAUCAUCGCCACCAAAGACCACUUGUACAAGUUGGGCCAAUUGGUGGCCAUCCAGGGCACCUGGACCUUGUGCAAGCCCCCAGCGUACUUCUUGGAAAAGCCCUGGCGCUCCUCCACCGCCCUUGGCGGCGGCACCCUCCUUAUCAACUUGAUCCACGACUUGGAUCUCCUCCAGUACCUCUUGGGUCCCAUCGAAAAGGUGUAUGCCGAGCUCUUAACCAAACAGAGAACCGACUCCGGCCACCACGACUUGGUGGAUGAAGGGGCGGCAUUGACCCUCCGCUUCGAAAAUGGGUGUUGUGGCACCUUUAUCUGCUCCGACAACGUCACCUCCCCUUUUCUGUUUGAGGCAGGCACUGGUGAAAACCCCACCGUCCCUUUCAACGAUUCCAUAGCUGGAUUCUACAGAAUUUUUGGAAGCCACGGCACCCUCUCGGUACCAGACCUCAAAUUAUACCACCAAGAACACGAAUUACACCAAGAGUCUAGCCUUCAAUUACCUUCUCCAUCUCCAUCUCCGAACGUAAAGGAUUCGCCUAUUCACAGGAUGAACGAUUUUAAGAAGCCCCAGCCAUUUGCUUUGCAAUUGGAGCACUUUGUCAACUUGAUAACUGGGGCCGAAACAGCAGUAAAAUGUUCGGGGGAUGAUGCUUUGAGAGCAUUAUUAUGUAUUGAGGCGGUUGUUAAAUCAAUCGAAACUGGUUUACCUCAAUACGUGGACAAAAUAGAUCAAAUCGACCUUGAUUUCGAUUUGAUGAAUCAGUUUGACGUUUGA